AUGAGUAGGCACCAAGCCCUUGCCAACGGGUAUACAGCCUACCCUCGAGGAGGCCAGGGCACUUUUUCCAUUUCUCCGCAUAAGUUUCAACCGCGCUCACAACCUGCUUUUCGACGACGGAAACAACUCCUCCAGCGAAUCUGCUUGUUCGGCGGCAUCGCAUUCUUCCUCCUCAUCUUCAUUUCUCCCUCCUGGCGAGCUUCGAUUCUCCCCGCGCUGUCGCUCGGCCUUCUCUCCCCUUCAGACCACCUACAGAUACAAACGGUCCGAUAUUAUGAUCUUGCGAAAGUCAAGGGUUCCGCAAAAAGCUGGGAGCAUGGGGACCGAGUGCUUAUGUGCGCGCCGCUUCGAGACGCAGCGUCCCAUCUGCCGAUGUUCUUCUCGCACCUUCGAAACCUCACAUACCCGCACCAUUUAAUAGAUCUCGCUUUUCUUAUCUCGGACUCGAAAGAUCGAACAAAUGAGAUGUUAUUGGAAAUGCUGGAAGAAUUGCAACACGAUGAGGAUCGCGAUAUUCCGUUUGGAGAAAUCUCAGUCAUUCAGAAGGAUUUUGGACAAGAGGUUAACCAAGACGUGGAGAGUAGACAUGGAUUUGCCGCACAGGCUUCUCGCAGAAAGCGGAUGGCCCAGGCACGGAAUUGGCUACUAAGUGCAACACUCCGGCCGACUCACAGCUGGGUUUAUUGGAGAGAUGCAGAUGUGUUGACUGCACCAUCUACCAUUCUUGAAGAUCUUAUGAGGCACGAUAAAGAUGUCAUUGUACCAAAUGUCUGGAGGCCUUUGCCUGAGUGGCUCGGUGGGGAGCAACCAUAUGACCUGAACUCCUGGCAGGAAUCGGAGACUGCACUCGCCCUUGCGGAAACGCUAGACGAGGACGCCGUCAUUGUGGAGGGUUACGCCGAGUAUGCCACUUGGCGACCUCAUCUAGCUUACCUACGAGACCCUUAUGGGGAUCCAGACAUGGAAAUGGAGUUAGACGGUGUAGGCGGUGUCAGCAUCCUUGCGAAAGCGCAGGUAUUCCGUGCCGGAGUCCAUUUCCCAGCUUUUAGCUUUGAAAAGCAUGCCGAAACAGAAGGAUUUGGCAAGAUGGCCAAGCGUAUGGGAUUCUCUGUCGUUGGCCUCCCUCAUUACACAAUCUGGCAUUUGUAUGAGCCGAGCGUGGACGAUCUUAAACAUAUGGAGGAGAUGGAGUCCGAACGAAAAGCCCGCGAGGAGGAAGAGAGGUGGCAAGCCGAACGUGCAGAGCGCACUGAAACCUAUUACAAGGAUACGAGGAUUGAAUCGGAAAUUGACAAUGCAUUUGUCCGUGAGGCUGCGAAGGAGGAAGCUGAAGAUAGAGAGAUGCGCGACUCGGAGAACAAGGAACCGAGCGAUGUUGAACUCGACAACCUAGCGGCAGACCAGAGCGAGUCUGAUAGCCCACAGGUGGAUGGUCAAAAGAAGCCUGCUCCCCAGAAGCCGCAAAUUAAUAACUAA